GCUACACUAGGCUACCCCCGUUAAAAGACAAAAGUGCCCACAUGAGUGGUCGAGUGACCUACCCCAGUCCUAAUCCAGGGCCAAAGCCGCAGUAAAACAAACAUACACCUCUUUGGUCCCCUAGAAUUGAUUCUUCCAGCCCCUAUAUUUGAGAGGCAGACAGCACCAGCAACUCAUAUAAUAUCCGAAGCACCUAUUAAAAUAGCACCUCUAAGUCCUUAUUAUAGGUAGCUGUGGACAAUAGAGUGCUCACAAAGACCACAUUAUUUAUAUAAUCUUCCGGCAUGCUUGCAUACUCUGAGCACACUGGUACAGUUCUGUGGUCUCUCUCUCUCUCUCUCUCUCUCCCCACCCCCCAAACAGCAAUAUGCCAUUCUAAUAUUAUAUCUUAACAUCCAUUUCACACUUUCCACCUUCUCUCCAGCCCCCUUCCCCCGGUCCCUUCCAUUCGGACUCCCUUCAAAACCAAUCCCUCUCUCUCUCUCUCUCUCUCUCUAUCCAAGAGAAGCAAAGGAAAGGCUGGGGAUUUCUUGGUUGCACUGGGCGCUGAUCCUCUGCCAAGAUUUGUUCAUGAGUUGAUGGUGUUCUUCAAAUAUAUGAGCAAAGGAGCAAGCUUUUAUUGGUGUUUGUUUCUCCGACGCUAAACUUACCUUAGAUUUCUGUUCUUCUUCUUCUUCUUUCGGGGAGGAUAUAUAUGGGGAGAAAGAGGCUUUCUCUAGUGGUAUUGGAGUUUUGAUUGGAUUUGUUUUGUUGUCGCUACAUAUCAGAAUAGGAAUGGCAAAAGUGCUUGAAUUGGUGGAGAAGAAAGGGUCGCAGAAGAACUCAAGCUCUCUUUGAUACGGUAUAGAGACAGGGGAAGACGAAAAGUCUCGCCUUUUGUAUCGGAAGCCGCUAAAGGUGAGAUUUUAAAGAGACGAGCGAGAUUGGAAGCACCUUUCGAGCUCGAAAGAUUAGUAGAAGAGGGGGAGAACAAGAGAGGAGAAGCUGGCAAGCAAGUGGUGGGAGAGAGUAGAUGUGUCCGCGAUGGCCGGAAUAGACUCCGGCGGCGGCGGAGGUUCGUCUCGGUACCUCCACCACCUCCUCCGCCAGCCGCCGCCGCCGCCGCCGCCCUCAACUCACGUCCCGCCGGAGCAGUCCAGGCCCUCCCCGGAGAAGAACAUGAAGUCCUCACCCGACGAGGGCGGCGGAGGCGGCGGCGAGCAGCCCUCCACCUCCGCGGCCGCCGAGGUGGGCGGCGGAGGAACGGUCGGCCCCGUCCGCCGCCCCCGCGGUCGGCCGCCGGGGUCGAAGAACAAGCCGAAGCCCCCUAUCAUCGUGACCCGCGACAACCCCAACGCCCUCCGCUCCCACGUCCUCGAGGUCUCCGGCGGCGCCGACGUCGUCGAGUGCGUCUCCGAGUACGCCCGCCGCCGGGGGCGCGGGGUGUGCGUCCUCAGCGGCGGCGGCGCCGUCGCCAACGUCGUCCUCCGCCAGCCCGGGGCGUCGCCGCCCGGGAGCGUGGUGGCUACCCUCCGCGGCCGCUUCGAGAUCCUCUCCCUCACCGGCACCGUCCUCCCGCCACCGGCGCCGCCGGGGGCCAGCGGACUGACCGUCUUCCUCGCUGGCGGGCAAGGGCAGGUGGUCGGGGGGAGCGUGGUGGGGCCGCUGGUGGCAGCCGGGCCGGUGGUGCUGAUGGCGGCGUCCUUCGCCAACGCGGUCUAUGAGCGGCUGCCGAUCGAGGGGGAGGAGGAGGCAGCGCCCCCACCGGCGGUGCAGGGACAGCAGCCAGCGGCAUCUCAGUCUUCCGGUGUUACGGGGGGCGGCGGUGGUGAGGGUGGUGGAAGCGGCGGCGGCGGCGGCGGCGGCGGCAGCGGCGUUUCUUUCUAUAAUUUGGGUGCAAACAUGGGGAGUUAUCCGUUUCCUGGUGAUGCUUAUGGAUGGGGUGGUGGUGGAGUUAGACCACCCUUUUGAUAAUUCCAGGCUCAAUUUCUACUAGUACUACUAUUAGAAUUACUACUUCUACUGCUACUACUACCAGCAUACGUUUCUCUCAUUGAAAGGAGGAAGCUCUUCUCUCUGGUUGUCUUAAACUCUCAUCGAGAAGGAGAAGAAGGUGAUGCAUAUGGGUGGAUGGAAUGAUGUAAUCUGGUUGGUGGAUUCAUACUUCCGUCGGUAAUUCGAGCUUGUACUUACUGAAGGUUUCUAAGGCGGUGCCAUUAGGCCGCCUUUGUGGUUGCAUUGGUGGUUUUGGGAGUGGAAGAGUAACAAAGGGAGCAUUUUGAUAUGGGGUUUGCUAAUAAAAAGUGGGAUCCUGAGUGGCUGAGCUUGGAUCUUGCUUUGAAGGGGAGAAGAGAAUUGUAGGUGGUAGAAGAAUGGAAGAAGGAAAUGGAGCGGUCAGCUUGGAGGAACCGCAUAUGUCACAGACUCACAGGCUACCAAAGGUCAGUAGAUUCAGAAUUCAUGUACACAAGCAUCAUUUCGCAUUCUUUCUCUCUUCUCCUUUCUUAUCUCCUUUGUCCCUAUCUCAGCUUUGUGAUGUAAUGGAGUAUGCAGAUCUGAUGUAGAAAAAUGUACUUAUCCUCGUUCUCUGUCUUCUGUCUCUCAAAUGCAUGAUUUUUCCUAUCAAA